AAUUCGUGGAUUUGCAAAAUAAUGCUUCGUUCUCGAGUUAUGCCUAGUUUUGCUUACUUGGAAUGCCAUUGCAGCCUUUUCAGAAGAGCAUGUAGCCAAACUUGUUUACCGAGUGUUGCUACUCUACUUAGUAGUUAACUCUGCACUAGAACGCUAGCUAUUGGUAGCUGCAAGAGUGAGAAAAGAGCUACAAGGCUCUGCUAAUGCAGCCAUUAAUUUUAGACUUGAACUUUUGGCAUCGAUCGUUUUUAACAACAAUCAUGGUUGAUCAUUACCCACUCCUUGAGUUUACAUGCAGCAAAAUUAAUUGUUCAACAUGUCAUGUGUAUAAAAGCUAUUAGUAGCUUUAUGUUAUGUAGCUUUGGCAUCUCCACCGAGGCAUCAGCACCCGCGGUGCUUUCAUUAUUACAGCUUACCUAACACAAGUCAUACUUAAAUUGUUUGGAGCUCCAUAGUCUCAAUUCCAACUCUUAUGCUCAUGCCAGUUUAUGAUCCUCUAGAGCGCAAAAGAUUAUUGGGAGCAGGUGAAGAAGUUGAAACUACUCUGUCCAAGCGUCCAAAGAAUGAUGCCACUAUUCAAGGUAAUGCAGUGACUCCACUAGCCACUCCACACACAACCACUCAGUCAGGAUCAUCAUCAGAGAAGGAUACCAGCAAUGGAGACCAGCCGAUUGUUCUGACUAGAGCGGAUAUUAAUACAAUUUGUGAGAGUCUGAAAACUGCCACCUGUAAUUGGUUUGAUUUAGGACUGGCUCUCGGAAUGAAGAGUAAUGAUUUGAGUGACAUCGAAGAUGAAUACCGCCAUAACAAACGCCGCCUAAUGGAGAUGGUGGGCAAGCGUCUUGAAGUCACUGAUCCAGAGCAUCCAAUGACAUGGCCUUACAUAUGUGAAUGUCUGAGGAGGCCUACUGUUGAGCGUAACGAUGUAGCCGAGGAAAUUGAAGACAAGUAUGUGAGGACAGCAACUGCAGUUGCUCAUAGUGCCACCAAUUGAUCAUGAGAACCUGACAAGAUAUACUGGAAGGGGACGAAUGAAGAUCGCAAGUGAAGAAGCAUGCAAUCAAUAAUUACAAUGACUCUUAGCUGACUGUAUAGCCAUUAUAAAUUAUGAGUUACUGACAUUUGCAAUUAAGUUGCUGGUUGAGCUGUGAGAUAUUUUACAUUCUAAUUUUUGGAAGAAAAUUUAAUUUCUAGCUUUCUA